CUUUGCUUGCAUAUCCACUUUUCCACUUUCAGACUUCAUUCACCAUUGUCAAGUGAACUACUUCUCGUUCUUGGCCUAGCCAGGAGGAAAAUAUUACCUUUAUCUACCUGUAUUUUCUUUGCUAGCUGCCAUUUAGCUGACUAGAACAGAAACAGACACAGAUUUGGAUUUCAUACUCUUGACAUACCUUUUCCUUUGUUUGCUUUUAACUUAAAGUAAAUUGUGUGUAAUAAAACAAAAUAAAAACUCUUCUUCAUAUCAUCCAAUUCAUAUACACUAAACUCUUUGAAGUCUGAUAAAACAAAAAGUGAUAAGAAAGAAUUUUUGUGCAGAAGGGCAACAGAACAAAUAAAAUAAUAUUUUCUAAAAACGAAUACACAGUCGUCAAAAAAAUGUAUUUUUAACCAAGAUAACAAACUUCCGAAAAAAAAAAAAAAAUAGAAGAAUAAUUCGAGUUGAGUACCGUGGCCAAAACAUUAGAGUUUAGUUGGUGAAUAGAUAUCAUUAACGAUAGACGAAGCCUGGCCAAAUACCUUCCAAGUUAAAUGAUAACAAUCAUUGUGCAUUUGUAAAAGUUACAAUUGCUCUUCUUCACCUUCACAUAAAUUUAUAAUAGGCGCACUCAAUACAAAUAAUUAGAUCUAAAAAAAUGAGACGUCGCAAUGUGAAAUGGCUUCUAAAAGCCAUAUUCCUAUCCAUAGUAGCCAUAACUUUGUUUGUAGCCAUCACAAGUACCAUAUCAUCUAGUUCGGCGACGAAUAGAAUUAGUCAAAGUCUCCAAGAGACUAAUGCAAAACUAAGAAAAGACAUAUCUCGAUUAUUCCCCGGUGGAGAUAGUCGCGAGGCGCAAGGUAAUGAAAUAGAAGAUGCUCAACGACUUCGGAUAGCAGAUGUAAUUGUGAAAAAUAAUGGAGAUAAAAUAGACUGGCAUGACUAUCCAGCAAUGACAAGAGAUAGCCAACGUGUUGGCAUUGGCGAAGGCGGCAAGAGAGCUACUCUAGAUGAAGAAUAUCAAGCUGAAGAGAAGUCAAUGUUCCGACAAAAUGGAUUUAAUGCCUUGCUAAGUGAUUCAAUAUCAGUCAAUCGUUCCGUGCCUGAUAUCAGAAAUCCCGGAUGCAAGACCAAGAAAUAUUUAAAGAAUCUCCCUACAGUCAGUGUGGUGAUUCCAUUUUAUAACGAACACUUUAGUGUACUUAUGAGAUCUGUUCAUAGUAUAGUCAAUCGGUCACCACCGGAAUUAUUGAAGGAAAUUAUUUUAGUAGAUGAUUUUAGCGAUCGGGAGUACUUAAUGAAGCAGCUUGACCAGUAUUUAGCAGAAAAUUUCCAUCACGUGCAAGUUGUCCGUUUGCCUGAGAGGACUGGUCUGAUUGGUGCAAGAAUGGCUGGUGCCAGGAAGGCAACGGGGCAGGUUUUAAUCUUUUUGGAUUCACACAUCGAAGCGAACUAUAAUUGGCUGCCACCUUUAUUGGAGCCAAUAGCUGAAAACCCCAAAGUUUCUGUUUGUCCGUUUAUUGAUGUUCUUGAUUAUAACAAUUUUGAAUAUCGUGCACAAGACGAAGGUGCUCGAGGGGCAUUCGAUUGGGAGUUCUACUACAAGCGAUUGAAUUUACUACCGGAAGAUUUGAUAGAUAAAACUAAACCGUUCCGUAGUCCAAUUAUGGCUGGUGGACUAUUUGCCAUUGGGUCAGAUUUCUUUUGGGAACUUGGUGGAUACGAUGAAGGUUUGGACAUCUGGGGAGGAGAACAGUAUGAGUUGAGUUUUAAGAUUUGGAUGUGUGGUGGAGAGCUAGUCGAUGCGCCAUGUUCCAGAGUUGCACAUAUCUAUAGGGGACCAAUGGAUUCAAAGAAUCCAAGAAAAACUGAUUAUGUUCAUAAGAAUUACAAACGAGUUGCCGAAGUAUGGAUGGAUGAGUACAAAGAAUACAUCUACCAGCACAGUCCAGGUCUCUAUGACAAUAUCGAUCCUGGUGACCUAAGCAAACAAUUGGCAAUUAGAGAAAAACUAAAGUGUAAAUCAUUUAAAUGGUUCAUGACUGAGAUUGCAUUCGAUCUACCCAAAAUGUAUCCACCUGUUGAACCACCAGACUAUGCUUCUGGAACAGUACGUAGUGUAGCUACUCCUAAUUUAUGCUUGGACACACUUAACCGAGCACGUCAUUCCAUGAUUGGCCUCUACUACUGUGCCAAAAAUCAUGAAAGACCACAGAGCAAUCAAUUUUGGACGCUGAGUUGGCAUCGUGACUUACGCAUGCGAUUUAAACGAGACUGUCUGGAUGUACAAUCAUCUGAGAAGAAUGCUCCAGUUUGGCUUUGGGAUUGUCAUGGUCAAGGUGGCAAUCAAUUUUGGUAUUAUGAUCGUACAAAUAAAUGGCUACGACAUGGUAAAGAAGCUAAAAACUGUCUCGAUGCUGAUCCAAUUAAACAAUUGGUAUUUGUUAAUCCCUGUGACAAAAAUAAUCCAAAUAUGCAAUGGAAUUUUGGUAGCGUUAAUGACACAGCUUUGGAUACGUUUUUUGAUGAUAGAUCUAAUCUUUAAGUUUAUAUAAAAUGAUUUAGAAUAUUUUAUUUGUCCAAAAGUGAAUUUUUUAAGUAGACGAUGAAGCCCGUUCGCUUCUCUGCCAAUGCACCCCUAGCCAUCUUAAGGUAUGUGAUAUCGAAACAAAAAAAAAAAUAAAAAACAUUUUAAAAGCAAACUGUAAGAUUUAUUUAUAGAAAAAAAAAAUUUAAAUGGAAUUUUAUUGUUAAACCAACAUUUUUUUCGCUGCGAUUUAAGAAUAAAUGUAUUAAAAAUGGAGUACCUAUUGGGUACUUGUACUAUGUGAA